GUAAAGGGACUGUAUGUUUGGGGUCCUUAGGCAGUAGUUCCUGGUCCACGUAUUAAGCAAAUGUACUAGCUAGUAAAUCCAAUAAUUCAGUAGAAUGAAACUACAGAUGGAUUGUAACCUAUUUUCGCGUCAUUUAAUGUGCACAAAGUAUCUUUGCCGAUAAAAAACAACAACACCGUUGGACGUUGCUUUCUUUUUUACGGAUGCAGUAUGUCUUGGUUCGCGGACUUCGCAGGGAAAGCGGAAGACUUUCUAAAUAAGGUUGACCAAGGAGCGGCCAGUGCUCUGACCAAACCAGAGAGAACAUCGUCUUUCUCUUUAAACUACGAGGAGAAUUCUACCGAAACGUCUCAAUAUGACGGCGAAGGGCAAAAGGCAGACGCGACGGUGUUCCAACAUGCUUAUCAAUUUUCUCAUGAUGCCCCAGACUACAUCAGUGCUGCUGCAGGUAAAAUCAAGAGAUCCAACCCCACUCUCUUGGCUAGCACGGCAAAUGUAUCCACCACCCCUCUGGGAUCGGCCAGCAGUGCCUCCAGCACCAUCAAACCAUCCUCCAGCUUUGUGAGACGGAAGAAGAGCGAGCAAGAAGUGGAUGACGACUUGCUCUUUGACUUCCUGAACAGUUCCGACCCUCCUGCAAGCGAGAGGAGGAAUGUCAAACUGGAGCCUGUCAGAGUCCCAGCUUCCGAGGGGUCCCCGAACCCACCGCCAGCCCCUGCGGCUCCUUUGUCUGUGCCCUCUGCCCCCUCCACCCCCCCCUCCACGCGCGGCAUGUCACAAACCUCUAGCCUGGGCUCUCUGUCUAACAGCACUCAUAGCGCCAAAACUGAAGAUGGUUCCGCCAGAGAUCAAAGCCAAGACACGCCGGAGAGUUCAGACUCUGGGUUGGCUGCCCCCCAGGACCCCGGCCCCCAGGAGCCAGCCCCGCCAGAGGAGCCCGUGGGUCCAGAGCUCCAGGGUCAGGUGAUGUCCAGCCUGCGCCUGGAGAACCAGCUGCUGCGGAGCGAGGUCACCUCUCUCAACCAGGAGAUGGCCUCUAUCAUCCAGAGAGCCAAGGACAUGCAGGAGGAGUUGAACUUGGCUCGCCUGCGCUCGGACAAAUGGAGUUCUGACCAGUCCCGUACGGACCGCACGGUGAGAGAGCUUCAGUCCCACGUUGAUGACCUCACUGAGGCCCUGUCUGCUAAAGAUGGGCAGCUUGCGGUCCUGAAGAUCAGGCUGGAGGAGGCAGAUCAGUUACUAAAGUCUCGAAGCAGUGCCCUGGAAGAGGCACAGACUGAGAGGUCCAGAAUCCUCCAGGACCAUACUGAGGGGAGCAGCCUGCAGUCGCAGGCCCUGCAGACCCUGCAGGAGAGGCUGCGAGAGGCAGAGGGGGCCCUACGGAGAGAACAGGACAGCUACCGACAGAUGCAGAGUGAGUAUUCAGCUCGGCUGUCCAAGGUGGAGUCGGAGAGGCAGUUGCUGGCGGAGGCGGUCACUGGGGCGGAGAGGAGGGCGGCGGAGGACAAGCACAGGGCAGACGACCUCCAGCAGCAGAUGAAGAGCGCCAGGGCCGCCGCUGAGACUGCCAAGCAGGAGCUGCAGGACUACAAACACAAGGCCUCACGCAUCCUCCAGUCCAAAGAGAAGCUGAUUAGCAGUCUGAAGGAGGGGUCUGGAUUGGACACGCUGGACGGAGGCGGGGCCGGGAUUCUGGAGCUGGAGGAUCUUCGCCACGAAAAGGAGCUGCAGAGAGACGAGAUCCAGAAGCUGCAGGGCCAGCUGCAGACUCUCCGCUCAGAGAUACAGGAGCUGGAGAACCAGGCCCUUGCGGAAGCAGAAGCCUGGAGGGAACAGCAGGGGGAGGUGGAGGAGCAGCAGGCCCUGCAGGCCAGAGCCAGACAGGAAGUGGAGGCGGAAGUGGAGCGCUAUAAACAGGAGCUGCAGUAUGUGGAGGAGGAGAACCACCGUGCCAAAACAGCCCUCCAGAGUCGUAUUAAGGACAGGGAGGAUGAAAUCCAAAAACUCAGGAACCAAUUGACCACCAAGACCCUGAGCAGCAGCAGCCAGACCGAGCUGGAGAGCCGCCUGCACCAGCUAACGGAGACCCUGAUCCAGAAGCAGACCGUGCUGGAGGCCCUGGGCACGGAGAAGAGCUCCCUGGUGUUCCAGCUGGAGCGCCUGGAGCAGCAGCUGAGGAGCCAGCAGGGCGGGCCGGCCGGGGGGCCAGCCAUUGACAUGGCCGGCACGGAGGGCCCAGGAGCGCGGCAGAGGAACACUCCGAUCCUGUUUACGGACCACGACAGCCCAGGAGUGUACGGGCAAGUUCGCAAGGCAGCCAGUACCAUUGACAGGUUCAGCAUCAGACUAGGGAUCUUCCUGAGACGCUAUCCUAUGGCCCGGGUCUUUGUUAUCCUAUAUAUAGCACUGCUGCACCUGUGGGUGAUGGUGGUUCUGCUGACGUACUCUCCAGAGAUGCACCACGACCACCCUGGGGGGAGAUGAGGAGCAGCACAGCUUGGUGCUGUGCUCUGCUUGAAGACGUGUGCCCCAGGGCCCUGGAGGGCAGGGGUUUGGAGCAAGCUGCUGAAAUGACACUCAAUAAAGCGUACUAUUCUGGGCCUGGUUCUUUGGAUUUGCACAGACAUAUGCUAAGAGAUAUAGAUUUAUAUCCUUUUAACUGUGUCCUCCUGUCUGAAGGUCUGCAGUAGGACAAUAGCAUGGGGUUUAAUGGCAGGUAUACUUUGACAUGAUGGGUACAGUAUUGGGAUGUCCUUUAAUCAAACUUGAUUUCAACUAUGUUCUCCUGUAACCUGGUAAUUAUUUGUUUAUUCUUAGAGAUUGUAUUUAACAUUGUAAAAAAAAUAUUUUAAAUAAACGAGGACUAAG